AUGCAUAUUGUCACUUUGGAGAAUCCUUUGAACCUAUCUGCUCCUGACGCAUUCUGGAUUAUCCAGAUCUGGCUGCAAGUCUAUUUUCCAAAACUAAGGUUCCCAGACAUAGUUCUACUUGAAGAUCAUGUUCUGGCACUCCCAUCAAUGUUAGCAGAAAUGCCCAAGCGCUCAAUUGAAGAGUAUCAUAUGUUCUUCAAGCAUUGUACUAAGAGAUCUGCAGCUCAGUGGCAAGUGGUGAUCAUAUGGACCUAUCCUUGGUUCCAACUUGGGUUCAGACUGUUUGAGAAGGAACUAGAAGAAGAAGCGGCUAGAACAAAUUUCAAGAAUAAGUUCCUGAGCGUGACUCUGCCCCGAGACCUGCCCUUUGGAGGUGGGAAGCCUCCAAAUUAUCAUUUGGGGGCAGAACUGUAUCAUCCCAACUUCUGUGCAAGGCAACUUGGCUGCCCUCAGCUUAUUCCACUCAAAUCAUACAGAAGCUGCAAUCAAGCCACUUCCUGGAGAGACUCAGAUGAUUUGGAAGUGCACAAGGAUUGCAGGUGCUCUAUGAACAAGAUCAACAAUAGUGUGGAUGCUCUCUCCCCCUCCUGGGAGCCUAAUUCCUGCAAUUCUGCCGAGAUUCUUGGACGGUCUUUGCUGGAGAAGAAGCCCACGGAUUCAUGGUGCAGACCAUUAAGGACAUUAAUGCUAAAAUCCUUCCUCGACAAAGAGUAUUUAUCUGAUUCUGCCUAUGUGAUUGAGAUGAAGGAGAUGCACAUGAGACUCUGGCAUAAUAGAAAAGUGUUGAGGCAACCCCUUCUGCCAGAGGGAACAAGAGGAAGGAAACUGCCCAGGCUCUGGAUAGUGUCGUCCAGCCUGAGAACUCAGGCUUUUGAGGCUGUGGAAGGAGCUCAGGAGAAAACCAAAGAAGUGAAAGAAGAGGAGGAGAUUCCCGCUGAGGUGAUAGCAAAAAGCAUUGCCUUGGUCAACAACACCAAGAGGCUCAGAGGGCAGAACCCAAAAGCAGAACACUCUGUUGCUGCCCCAGAGCCUGAAGUGGAGGCAGACUAUUCUAUUGUUGUACCUAUACCUGAGGUCGAAGAGAACAGAACUGCUGGGACUCUGGCUGUAGUGAUCAGUCCUCUCAAGCCACCCAUUGUGGCUAUAAAUGUCCAUCCAUUCUCUCCCAGAGUUGAGAAGCUUAGCUCCACACCUGGCAAGGCCAAGUCCAAGGCUAUGGAUGAGACAGAACAUGGCUCCCAAGCCCUUGGCUUGGCCAGAGAUGUGCUUAACCUUCACGAUCACUAUGAGGAUCUCAGGCCUACCUUCAAAACCUCUGAGUUAUGCAAGGCUACUCAUGAAGCCAACUUGGCUGAUUAUGCAAAACAGAAGGCAGAACUGGACCAGAUGGUUGUAGGCUAUAAAGAAGCCAAGGCCACUGUUGACAGGCUGGAGAAGCAAAUUGAAGAACUCCAAAGGCAACAGGCAGAAUGUAGGGAGGUGCAGAACAAGCUUGGGGUGGACUGA